GCCUCAGCGAAGCUCGCGUCCCAAGAAACGUGUCCCACGCGCCACGCCGUCGGUUUCCAGGGAAACCCGGCGCCUCUUAGCAACCCCGCGCGCAGCCUGGGUCGUUUCCGGGCGCCCCCAGCCUAGCCAUGGCGGCCGCGGGUCCCAGCGUCUUCCUACUCAUGGUCAACGGGCAGGUGGAGAGCGCCCAGUUUCCAGAGUAUGAUGAUCUCUACUGCAAGUACUGCUUUGUGUAUGGCCAGGACUGGGCCCCCACGGCGGGUCUGGAGGAGGGCAUCUCACAGAUCACAUCCAAGAGCCAGGACGUGCGGCGAGCACUGGUGUGGAACUUCCCCAUCGACGUCACCUUUAAGAGCACCAACCCGUAUGGCUGGCCACAGAUCGUGCUCAGUGUGUACGGACCAGACGUGUUCGGGAACGACGUGGUCCGAGGCUACGGGGCGGUGCACGUACCUUUCUCACCCGGCAGGCACAAAAGGACCGUCCCCAUGUUUGUCCCCGAAUCCACGUCUAAACUGCAGAAGUUUACGAGCUGGUUCAUGGGACGGCGGCCCGAGUACACAGACCCCAAGGUGGUGGCUCAGGGUGAAGGCCGGGAAGUGACCCGGGUCUGCUCGCAGGGCUUUGUCACUCUCCUCUUCAACGUGGUGACCAAGGACAUGAGGAAGCUGGGCUACGACACUGGGCCUCCCGACACGCAGGGCGCCUCAGGGCCCAGCCCGCAGCAGGGCCUCCCCCCGUGAAGGCCCCCGCCCGGCCCGUGCCACGGCCACGGACUCUGGCCACGCCGCCGCGAGGCCAGGCGGCCCUCAGAGAAUGCAGGGCUGUCCUUCCAGAGAGUUGGCCACGGAUCCAUCUGCUUGACAUGCAGCCUCGGGGCGCUGGGAGGGGUGGGGGGGAGAUUUUUAUAUAAUAAAGCAUCGCCUUUUCACUGAACCCAGGCCUGGAGCUGCUUCCUCUCCCCUAGGCACUGCCCCCGGCUCCCUGGGAGCAGGUCACUGGGGCCGCCUGCCGCCCCCCCACACUGCUUAGGGGACGGAAGCUGCCCAGAGCGGCACCCCACGACAGCCACCUGGCACGUGAGGUCCGGUUCAGCCCCACUCACGGCUGUGUGGCCUUUCCUUUGCCUCCAGACACUCCUCCGUAACCCAGGAGGGACACCAAGAGGCUUUCGGGGCUCAGUGCGAGGAGGAGCGAAUGGGAUCGGCGGGAGCUGCAGGGAGAGGCCCCCAGCUCUCCGGUCUCACGGCAGCCCAGCACCCUCAACCCACAGGUCCCCACGGCACGGCUGGGGUAGUCCCCCCCGCGGCCUGCCCCCCGCCUGGGGAUGGGACACGCAGCCCGCCCGGGCUGCUCUCCACCCAGCACCGCCCUCAGCCCGAUUCAAGGGGAGCCACAAAGCCCCGGGCGCCCGGCCUCGCCACCCGCCCCGCCCCACCCCGGCUGUCCGUGGAACCUGCCCCACGACACCCCUGCGCUGACCCCGCUCUGCCCCUCCUCUUACUUAGCUGUCUGCGCCCUGGAAGUCUGUGCUGCUCAGGGCCCCCCCGGCCCCCCGUGUGCUCUGCGACUCAUGGCCUGGCGUCAGCAACAUUCCUGUGAUCCUGACCCUCUUCUCCGAAUGGAAAGUUCCCUCCACCUCGGUCCUGUGCUGAAGCCCACACUGGCCCCCCCGCAGACCGUGGGCCCAGAGCCGAGGUUUGCGUCCGGACCCCACUCCCAUUUCCAGCAUUUCCACGGCCCCGUCCUGGGCCGGCAGACCAAUGACCGACGUCCACCGAGGACCUGACCGCCUUGCCCUAGGGCCAUUCCGGACACCACCAGCGUCCACGCCUCCUCCUCGCCUCCUCCCCUUCAAUGACCUUGGCCUUGCCCCUCAGCAGUCACCCAUCCCACCGCCUAUUUCUCGUUACCAGUGACUGCACUGCCUCCAAGAUACGCACCCAGGCAUCCCCGUCCCCUCCUGGCGGUCCCUGUCCCCUCACCUGUCUUCCCUCCUGGCACCUCCAGUAGCGCUCCCCCUCAGCUGAAGGGCUCACGGGGAAAUGGCGAUGAUCCAAGACGGGCGCCUGGCUGGCUCAGUCGGCGGAGUGGGCGAUUCUUCACCUCAGGGUUGUGAGUUCGAGCCCCACGCUGGGGGGCGGGGAUAGAGAUUACUUAAAAAAAAUAAAAUCUUAA